ACAGAUUUUCCCUCCAUAAAUGGACAGAGAAGUGGUUCCCGUCUCUUUCCAUACGGCGAGCUCACGCCGUGAGCCGGCGGAGAGGAACAUGGCCACACGCCGUGCGAAGAUCUCCCAGAGCGCCGCCGCCGCCGACCGCAUCACCGCGCUGCCGCUCGACCUCCGCGCGCGCAUCGUCUCCUACCUGCCGUUCCGCGAGGUCGUCCAGCUUUCUACUCUUUCCCAAUCUUGGCGCCACAUCCACCACCAGGUUCCCGUCGUUGACCUCGAUCUCCGCGAGUUCGUCGCCUUUCAGGAGCACAUCAUCGACGAGGAGCUCGCCAUCCCAGGUAUCGUCGAUGACGACACGCUCCUCGGCAUACGCGUCGCGCUUGCCCAUCGCGCGCGGGAGGGGAUCGGAUCCAAGGUGGAGACGAUGAGGCUGGCCUACAGCGCCGGGGACCCCCGCGUGAAGCGACACGCUGACCGCCUGAUCGCGCUCGCGGACGCGCCCAAGAUCCGCCUCAACGUCUCCUUCGCCGCCGUCGACCGCUUACCGAAGCGGUGGAACUGGAAGGUGGACCUGCCACCCGCGGCCCGUCACCUGAAGAUACGAUCGUUGGACUUCCUCAAGCCCACCCCCACCAUCGCCGGGCCGGGUGCCGCCGGCCUGCGGGAGCUUUACCUCCACAACGUUACGCUCCGCGAGUGGCCGCGCCUCCCGUCCCUGCGCGCCCUCAGGUUGAGCACGGUCACCGCCACGAGACCAUUCACGCCUGGCGCGUCGUGCCCGCUGCUUGAGCACCUGGACAUCUGGGGCUCGACGAUCAAGCACCCUCGCGUCGACAUCCGCCUCCCGCACCUCAAGAACCUGGACAUGGACGACGUCAACAUUGAGCAAUCCAGCGACUUCCUGGUCCCGUACGGCGACGUGACCGUUGACGCGCCGGAGCUGGAGGAGCUCAUGGUCAACUGCCGCACUGGGUGGACCGUGGAGUACAAAUCGUUCACGCUCCACGCCCCAGCGAUGCGGUGCCUGCGCUGGUUCGAGCAGUUCGCGGAGAUCGUGCGCAUCGACGUCGGCAAACCGGGAAGCGUUUCCAGGGGCACGAUCCAAUUCACGUCGAACGGGGAGUUGGAGGAGAUGCGCUGCAGAGAAAUGAAGUACUACCGCGCUCAGAUGAUAGAGAUGCUCCACGGGCUCCUCCCCCAUCUGCCUCCGUGGAUCGUCGCCGACAUCGCAAGGCCAUACAUGACGUCGGAGACGCGCACCGUCAUGGAUGAAGCUCUGGAAGAGAUGGUUCCGGAGGAGACGCUCACCUGCGACCUCGGCCGGCUCAUGUCGCGAGAUGUUUGAAUACUUCUCUUUGCUACGAAUUGGAUAUUUAUGAACACAAAGAAUUUAGGUUUGGUAAUCUUGGCAGAAACCUUGUCUGCUUGUUGAGAUAUAUCUGUCUAUUUUCCUUUCCACACUGAAUGUUCUAUGCUUCCUGCGCAAUCCCUUAGUUUGAGCAUCAGUAGUAUCCCUAAAUUUUGACAAAUCUAAGACAUUCUUGGUGGGAUGGAGGGGAACCUAUAUUUUAUAUGUGGUUUAACUUUCAUGUACUGGGAGUUGCACAUCUCGUUCUUUUUGCCAGUUUCAAGAUGGUUUGAUCUGUGCCUUGAUAGUCCCUUGUUUAGAGUAUCUAUUGAGACUGAAGUCAUCCAGGUAUUGGUUGUUACCCUAUUUUGGUGAACUGAAUUAAGGUAUGCUCUUUUGAAUUCUGA